GGAUUGGCGCCUUCAGGACUCUUCCAUUUGAAAGGAGGGGGUGGUAGUUAAAUAUUGAUUGUGUUGCUGCACCAAGAGGCUCCUGUCCGGGGUUCAGUCUGGUUCUGAGUUUAAACACCAAGUAUCUUCUAGCCGGGCGUUUUUCCCCCUCUUCAUUCCGUUGCUGUUUGUGUCUUUAUUUCGGCCCACGGUCUGUGAGAUCUCCCCCAUUUCUGAGGGGACGUGGCUGAAUCCGUAAAGUAUCACGUGGUCCCCGGUUUCGCGCCAGUUUCAGAUUCCAGGAUCCGCCAUGGACUAUCACAGGGAGAGGGAGAAGUGCACCAAGUUCCUCUUGGAGUUCUACACUGACACGGGACUCGGCAAGAAACAUUUCAAAUAUGCAGACCAGUUGGUGCAGAUAGCUCACCGUGAGCAGGUAGCGCUGUACAUUGACCUCGACGAUGUCGCGGAGGAAGAUCCAGAGCUGGUGGACUCGAUCUGUGAGAACACUCGCCGUUAUGUCAGCCUCUUUGCCGACGCAGUCCAGGAGCUGCUGCCGCGGUACAGGCAGCGGGAGGUGGCCAACAAAGAUGCUCUGGACGUCUACAUCGAGCACCGACUGAUGAUGGAGCAGCGGACCCGUGAUCCCGGUGAGGUCCGAGAUGCUCAGAACCAGUACCCGCAGGAGCUGCUGCGCCGAUUCGAGGUUUACUUCAAACCUCCGAGCGUCGUGAAGCCGAAGGUGAUCCGAGAUGUCAAGGCGGACAGCAUCGGCAAGCUGGUGACCGUCCGAGGCAUCGUGACCCGUGUGACCGAGGUCAAGCCCAUGAUGGUGGUGGCUACAUACACGUGCGACCAGUGCGGAGCCGAAACCUACCAGCCGAUCCAGUCGCCGACCUUCAUGCCCCUGAUCAUGUGCCCCAGCCGUGAGUGUCAGACCAACAAGUCAGGAGGGCGCCUGUACCUGCAGGGGGGGGGCACGUAAGUGACCGGUUUGUUUUCUUCCCCUGCCCAGAGCGACCAGGUGCCGGUGGGAAAUAUUCCCCGCAGCAUGACCGUGUACAGCCGAGGGGAGAACACGAGACUGGCGCAGCCCGGUGACCAUGUCACCAUCACCGGCAUCUUCCUCCCCAUGAUGCGGACUGGAUUCAGGCAGGUGAUUCAGGGUCUGCUCUCGGAGACCUACCUGGAGGCUCACAGGAUCUCUCAGAUGAACAAGACUGAAGACGACGAGCUGGGGACACAGGAGUUGAGUGAUGAAGAGCUGAGACAGAUCACUGAAGAGGAUUUCUAUGAGAAGCUGGCAGCCUCGAUUGCGCCUGAAAUCUACGGGCACGAGGACGUGAAGAAGGCUCUGCUCCUGCUGUUGGUUGGAGGGGUCGAUCAGUCUCCCAAAGGAAUGAAGAUCAGAGGAAACAUUAACAUUUGCCUGAUGGGUGAUCCCGGUGUGGCCAAAUCACAGCUGCUCUGCUACAUCGACCGGCUUGCACCAAGGAGUCAGUACACCACAGGCCGCGGGUCUUCGGGCGUGGGUCUGACGGCUGCGGUGAUGAAGGACCCUGUUACCGGGGAGAUGAUCCUGGAGGGCGGAGCUCUGGUGCUGGCCGACCAAGGCAUUUGCUGCAUCGACGAGUUUGACAAGAUGAUGGACUCCGACCGCACCGCCAUUCACGAGGUGAUGGAGCAGCAGACCAUCUCCAUCGCUAAGGCUGGCAUCAUGACCACGCUGAACGCCCGCUGCUCCAUCCUGGCGGCAGCUAACCCCGCCUACGGCCGCUACAAUCCCAAGAAGACGGUGGAGCAGAACAUCCAGCUGCCAGCGGCGCUGCUGUCCAGAUUCGACCUGCUGUGGCUCAUUCAGGACAAGCCGGACCGAGACAACGAUCUGAGGCUGGCCCAGCACAUCACCUACGUCCACCAACACAGCAAGCAGCCUCCCUCGCAGUUCCAGCCCCUGGAUAUGAAGCUGAUGAGGCGCUACAUAACGCUGUGCAAGAAGAAGCAGCCGAUGAUCCCGGAGUCGCUGGCGGAUUACAUCACCGCUGCUUAUGUGGAGAUGAGAAAGGAGUCACGGGUCAACAAGGACAUGACGUUCACCUCUGCCCGGACCCUGCUGUCUGUCCUGCGUCUCUCCACUGCUCUGGCCCGCCUUCGUCUGGUCGACACGGUGGAGAAGGAAGACGUGAACGAAGCCAUGAGGCUGAUGGAGAUGUCGAAGGAUUCUCUGCUCGGAGACAAGGGCCAGGCCACCAGGGCGCAGCGGCCUGCGGAUGUGAUCUACGCCACCGUCCGGGAGAUGCUGGGUGACUCGACAGCGCGGGUGGUCAAAUACUCGGAGGCGGAGCAGCGGUGCGUUUCCAAGGGAUUCACCCCGGCCCAGGUGGAAGCUGCCCUGGAGGAGUACGAGGAGCUGAACGUCUGGCAGGUGAACCAGGCCCGGACCAGGAUCACCUUCGUGUGAGGAGGAGCCUCACCCCCCGGUCCCCAAACACCAUGCCUCUCUCCCUUUCCAGCCUGUCCAGUCAGCACUGUGUCCCCCCCCAAUCCAUCUGUUUCUGGACCAGGUCAGUGCCCAUUUUCACGCCCCUAUGCCCUCGCUGGAGAGGGCUCGGUUUGUGACCCUCCCGCUCCUGUUUUUAAUGUUGUGCGCCAAUCUUCUGUACUCGUGUUCUGUACAGGAGGGAACUGUUCAAUAAAGUCUGUUUGUACCCUU